AUGGAUCCUUUCUCUAUACAGGCUGACAGCCUCGAUCGUACUUCAAUGGGCGAUCCAUCGAUUCAGAAUCCAGCAGUUAUCGAUUCUCCUAUCGACCCUAUUGAAUCCUUAGUAGAAGCGCAACUUCAAGCUGAGAUUAACGCGAUUUUGUAUCAUAUUCCAACGCCACACAAAAACCUCACUCCAACCUCAGACUCAUUCUUCUACCGAGAUAUUCUUGAUAAUUCCUCAGUCGCUAGCUCCGACGCCAACGAUAUCGAGGUCAGCUCUUCGAACGAUGCUUCAAGUCGAAAAGUAAGCUACGUUCGCGAUGAUGGGAUCCCGAUCAGUAGUAAUGGCAAGGCCUCUGUUAUUGCCCAUCAGGUGGAUGAACAUAUCCUACUCCCAGGGUAUCCUAAAACCAACGAUCGUGGUAUCUUGCAUAUUAUUCACACACCAAAGAAUCCCUUAGCAGGAAAAGGACAGCCACAACGUCCGAGGUAA